AUGAGCUAUCCCCAUGACGAGUAUCCCGUCGAGCUGCGCCCACUUCCCGACCAGCAGCCAUCCGCCGCGACCGUACCACUUAUGAAGGAUAUGGCAGAAUCGUCGACAUCGCCGCGUCGGCUGUCUAACCAGCCGGGACCUCUCUCCAACCAAUACACGUCGAGGCUGGUCAAAUAUGUGCCCGAGAGUCGACGCGCGCGCCGACUGGUCUAUAUCCUCUUGGGCAUCGCCGUCAUACUCUUCUGGAUCGGCAUGAUUCUGGCAUUCGCCCGUUUCGAAUCGAAGUCGGAGAGGACCAACCUUGAGGGAGACGCGCAGAAGUAUCGUGGACGAGGCAAUUCCUCAGAAGAUGAGAUUUGGCUUCUGCAGGGCGCGCUGCGCAAGCUCAACAGCGAGGAUCGGACGCUGACCGUGCAAUGGUCCGCGGCACAGUACUUCGCCAAUAACAACAGCCAAAUCCCUUUGAUUCUUUCGCAGGAUGAUUAUCCCGCCGGAGUGAACAUGUAUCGCGACAUACAGGCUGUCAUCGACGAGACACUCACUAAUGACUCUGUCUACAACCCCAACGGAUACAUAUUCUACCAACUGGACAAUGCGACUGCUUAUCCCAUCGGCAACGUCGGCUUGCGCGAAUGGGACUCUUUUGACACGGACAUUGACUUGACGGACGUCGAGGGAGCAAGCGUUUGGAGGCAGCCAAUGCGGGGGUACCCCUUUGAUCAGUGGACGGGCAGCAUCGUCAUAGCAUCCUGCUCGUUGCUGAAGUACUUGUAUCAGAACAACGUGUGGUACUCUAUCGCAGAGUUUAACGACACCCAACACUAUGCACUCUCCUUCGACGGCAUUUCCCUCGAUGAUAGUUUGCUGAAUUGGAGGAUCCACGCGACGUCCGAUUGCACCUGCAGAAACGACGACAACUACGAGCAUUGUGACCUGCACAUCGACUUCAGUGUCCGUCGGCCAACGAUCGUCAAGUUCACUGUCAUCGCAGUGGUCAUCGUCAACUGGCUGUCUACGCUGGUGAUCUUCUUCCUUACGGGGGAGACUCUGCUACUCCGUCGGAUGCGCAUCGUGAACAGCACAGAUAUUUUGAGCGUCCUGUUCGCCGCGCUCUUCGCUCUUCCUGGAGUACGCUCGCUGCUGCCGGAUGCACCGCCGUUCGGAUGCACAAUCGAUCUCGUAGGCAUUCUACCCAACGUGAUCAUCAUCUCGCUCUGCACAUUCUGCUGGGCAUGCAUGAAGAUGAACGGCCAGUUCAACGGUGAAAAUGACACCAAGGUCCAAGAGACGCCUUCCGAGCGCGACGCUGUCCUCAAACUUAGCGAAGCGCCCAGCGCCCAUGCGCCCUGGGCGCUAUCCUCCUUGACCACCGCGACGAUGGGGCCGGCUUACAGCGAUCCCUUUGACAUCGAGCUGAAGGGCCGCUACGAUGAUACGAAGUCCGUCGCUGAGGUACCUCUCAUGGGCGAGAGCAAGCAGAGCCCACGCCCUACUCGUCCCCCGAUCACGGUCGUCCCCAGGCGCAUGUCGCGCGACUGGUUUUCCUACAUGUACAGGCGCCGGCGCUUGUGGCCGCGGAUACUCUACGUCUUCAUUGGCGUUAGUAUCAUGCUUAUGUGGAUCGGCCUGAUCCUUGGCUUCGCCCACAGCCAGCUCAAGGCGGAAGAGAAGAAUUCCAAGGGCGACUCGAAGAAGUACGAGGGGAAAGUGGCGAAGGGGGAUGAAGUGUGGUUCUUGCAGGGUGCACUGCGCGCUUUAGACACCGACAAGAGGACAUUGACCGUGCAGUGGUCCGGCUUCGUCUAUAACGACACCACUGAUUCGAUGGACCCUCUGCUGGUUUCCCCCGAUGACUAUCCCGCAGGGUUGAAUAUGUAUCGCGAUAUUCAGGCAUAUGUAGAUUCUGAUCUGACCAACGACACUGGGUACUACUACUUCAUGCUGGACAACGCGACCGCAAACCCCAUCGGUAACAUCGGUUGGCGUGAAUCGGAUUCAUUCGACACGGACAUCGACCUUGUUGCUAGCGCACAGAGCGUUUGGACGCAGCCGAUGAGAGGAUACCCCUACGAUCAGUGGACUGGGAGCUUGAUAUUGGCCUCUAAUAAUAUCGGAUCCUCGAUGGAAGACAACCGCACUGACGCUUAUGCGUUCUCCUUCGACGGGGUCUAUCUGGUAGACAGCCUCCUCACUAGUAAUUGGAAGAUCACCGCGGCCUCUCAUACGACGUGUCGAGACCUCGAUAGCGCUUAUUGCGAGCUACAUGUCGAUUUCCGCGUCCGUCGCCCGGGGCUAGUCAAGUUCACGGUCAUCGCCGUUCUAGUCGUCAACUGGCUGUCGACGAUCGUCAUCUUCCUCCUCACCGGCGAGGCGCUGCUCCUUCGCCGCCUACACAUCGUGGAGGGUACAGACAUGCUGGGUGUCCUGUUUGCUGCGCUGUUUGCCCUCCCGGGAGUGCGAUCGUUGCUACCGGGAGCCCCACCAUUCGGCAGCACGAUCGAUCUUGUUGGCAUCCUGCCCAACGUCAUCAUCAUCUCACUUUGUACAUCGUGUUGGGCCGUUGCGAAAUUGAGCUGGAAGAUAUACGAUCUAUACGACGAGCAUGUCCGCCGGAAGGAGCGGGAACUAUCUAUGAGCGAUGCAUGA